AUGGGAAAUUUAUGGAGGUUCAGAGGAAUACUCAGUAAAAAAAAGUUUUCAUCCGACCCGUCAUGUUGUCCGGUUUGCGGCGUUACAGUAAGACCGCAAGAACUGGAGCAGCAUUUCGCCCAAGAAUUAGAUCGGCUUUACAAGGUAUCUGUCAAUAAUUCUCGACCGCGACAGAGGUUAUCGUUGCCGCCGGGACACCAAGAUCACCAACAUGGACCGAUGCUUCAUGCUCCUUCUACUGCUGAUGGAACGAUACAGGGACGCUGGGAGACUUAUAAAAGGAUUCGAGCUAAUCGUCAAGCGAGAAUCCGUGUCAAAAAUCGUAAAAGAAAAGCAGAUGAGCCAGUGUGUCCUGUGUGCAACGAACGGCUCUCAGGUACUCCAGAAGAGCUGAACCAGCACGUGGAGCGAUGCUUAGCGAAGCACAACGGUGGAAAUCCGGGGUCACAUGUAAAUUUGGACGACGAAGAAGUCGACGUGGAGGGUGACGCGGAAACAUUUGAAGAGUACGAAUGGGCCGGCCAGAGAAGGAUCCGAGCCACCUCGAUGCUAGUGGGUGGAUUCUCCGCUGCCGGAUUAGCCACGGCAACGAGCAAUCGCUCAAGUAACCAAGAAGAAGAGGAGGAUUUGGUGGUCGACGGGGAUGACGCGGCGCAAUUCGGUCCAGCUCAGUACUCAGAAGCCGACGUGAUAGCUCCUCGGGGCGAAGGCUCGUUAAGGGAGCAAAAAGAGCGCGAUGCAUUGCGCGAGGCGGUUAUUUCCCCGAACGCCCCGCUGACGCCUCACACGCCACCCGACCAGCCCCAUGGCGCCCAGGUCGACGUCAAAUCCGAACCAGGUACCAAUAAUAAUUCCAUGUCCGUGUCGCCUUCUUCUACGCCACGACAGCGCUCUGACAGUGACGACGCUGGAUCUACGUCGUCUCCGAAAAGGGAGGGCAGCGACGUCCCCAUCGUCGAUGCUCUGCGCAGCAGGAUUCGCGAACUCGAAAAUGAAAUGCGGGGUCAACCUUUCAAGUGUUUAAUUUGUAUGGAGCAAUACAAAAAACCUGUAACUUCAGUCUGUUGUUGGCACGUCCAUUGCGAGCAAUGUUGGUUACACACUCUGGGCGCGAAAAAAUUGUGUCCGCAGUGCAACAUGAUCACCUCGCCGUCGGAUUUACGGCGCAUUUAUAUGUGA